AGCGCCACGCAUGCGCAGUGGUCACAGGCGGCUGGACUUUAUAAAGCUUGGCGCCAGCUAUUCAUUCAUUUGCACUGAACACUGCGGAUAAAAGCCUCAAGUCUUGUUAAGAAAAUGUCAAAACGCAGUGGUCGUAAUACAUUACAAGAAAGAAAUGGAAACAAACCAGAACAAAACAACAAAGCUCAGAGGAAAAGAAAAGCCGAGUGCAAUAGAAGAAUACCAUCAGCAGCUAAGAAACAGCACUAUGAAAUUCAGAACCUGUGUUCUGGUGAUAUCAGUCCCAGUGUCUUAAUCGAAACGCCUCAAAAGGAACCUCAGGAGACCAGUAACCCUUCUGGUUUUAAGCGAUUCCAGUUUAAAAACCUCUUUGUUAAACCCUCUCCACUGCCAAACCUAAGUUGGGCCAGUUCAGAUGAUGUGUGGAUAAAGAUGCUGAACAAAGAGCUGAAGUACGUACACGACAAGGGCUUCAUCCAGCAACAUCCAGGCCUGCAGCCCAAAAUGAGGUCCAUAUUGCUGGACUGGCUCAUGGAGGUCAGUGAAGUUUACACGCUCCACCGGGAGACAUUUUACUUGGCUCAGGACAUCUUUGAUCGCUACAUGCUGACCCAGAACAACACCGGCAAGGAUCAACUACAGCUCAUUGGCAUAACAUCACUCUUCAUUGCCUCAAAGAUGGAGGAAAUUUAUCCUCCAAAGCUCCAAGAGUUCGCUUACGUGACUGACGGCGCCUGCAACGAGGAGGAGAUUCUCACAAAAGAGCUCGUCAUAUUGAAGGCAUUAAAAUGGGACCUCUGUCCUGAGACAGUCACCUCAUGGUUGAAGCUCUACGCUCAAGUUUACUCCCUGCAGGACGAUGCCAAUUUCCUCAUUCCUCAGUUCUCUCAGGAAACCUACAUUCAGAUCACACAGUUGUUGGAUCUCUGCAUUUUGGACAUUAAUGCUUUGGACUACCAGUAUGGAGUUUUAGCUGCUUCAGCGUUUUGUCACUUUACCUCAUUUGAAACCGUCAAUAAAAUUGCAGGGUUAACAUGGGACAGUAUAUCAAGCUGUGUUGGGUGGAUGAGUCCAUUUGUGAGGACGGUACGCGAGUGGCCCACACCACAGUUGAAGGACUUCAAAAAAGUGACAACAGAAGACCGGCACAACAUACAGACCCAUGUAGACUACCUAGCCAUGCUGAGUGAAGCGCAUGAACGGGAAAAGGACAGUUUGGAUCGAAUGUCUCCAAUGGCUGUAGGGGGAUUAUUAACCCCACCUAAAAGCACAGAGAAGCCUAAUGCCUGAUGGGUUACAAGGAAGAACGUUCUGGAGCCAAUCUACAUAUAAAGGCUAUUGCAUCUCAAAGACGUUUCACCACAGACCCCCUCGUCCAAGACACCAAAAGAGACCAACGGCCGUGUGCGGUACUUCUAUACUUUUCCACGGCCGGGUAUUGUAAAGUUGAUUUUGGGAGUCGUAUGUGAGAAAACGACAUACGAGAAGCUGAUAAGCUGUAGGCCAUAGACAUUCCAGACAUGUGAAAUUAAGGAAGAAUCCUGGUUUCUCAAAGCAGUAUUUGAAGUACUCAAAGUGCCUGCCAUCGAAGAAUGGAGAAAAAUCCAUUUAUUAAUCUUAAGUAAGGAAAACGUAACGUUGUUAGACUUGAAGCAUACAUAUAUCUGGCAACGUUGCCAGUUAAAAGGUCGUCUGCUGCUCCUUCAAAGAACAAAUGUUACAGUUUAUGUUGUGUAAAUAUGAUUUAAUUUUAUGUGUUGUGAAACUGUUCUGCCAUUAACUUGGUGCUUGGUCAAACAUGUGCUUGUUGUACAGGAAAACCUUGUAUGUCAAGCAUAGUCGGUUAUGGCAAAUGUUUGCUUUUUUUAAAGAUGUAUUGUUUGAGUCGUUCCCACGCAUCUUUAUUUUCAUGUGAUGGAAGACAUUCCUGAAAGACUUGACUAUUUCACCCCCUUUGGAAGUUUAACCAAACUAAACAUUUGCGAGCAAAAUUUGCCUAUUUAUUUUUACUAUAGGUAGUAGAUUUUAGAUGACUUGUAAUAUUUGAAUUGCAAUUCCUCAAUGCCAAAGGCAUAUUUAAUAAAUUUGAGGUGCUUGGUAUUUAUGAAUUUAAUGCAUUUUUGUGUAGCAUUGCUUGAUUUAAAUUUUUACACCUGGAUUUGAGAGCCGGUGUUUGUAAACAUUGUUUGAAUAAGAACACUGUAAAAUAUAAAUUGUACAUAAGAUGUAUAUGUAUGCAUACGAAUAGCAAUGUCCUG